UUCAACCCCGGGAAUACUACAUCUCUGCAAAGGUUUCACGACAGGACUCGAACUUCGGCGGCUCCUUCCCCCCUUGCUCCCUCCCCCUUUCCCGGCUCCUCCUCUGUCGGGCUCCUCGGGCCGUCGAGCGAUUCUUCCCAAACUUUCCGUCUCGGAGCUUUCCCGAAGCUUCUCCUCGGGUUCGCGGGACAAGGGGGCUGGCGGCGGGAACCGACGGCGGAGAUGUGCGAGAUAUGAAACCCAAAAGAUGGUGCUGAUGACCGAGCAGGCGGACAGACCCCUGACCCCGUUAUCCGCCCCGGAGCAACUUUUCAGCAGGGACUCCCAGAGGAAUCGGUCGACGUCUGAAGCGGAGCACGGAGGCGAGGGGAGGCACCGGAGACGCGGGCGGUCCCCCUCGGACCUCCGUCUUUGUCUGGACGCGGAGUCGGACCCCUCGGAGAGCAGGAAGAAACCGGCCAGCUUGAGACUGAAACCUGUGGAGCAGCUUUCACCAUUGCUGAGUCCAAGUGACUUUGAAACGAAGUUUGAAAGGAAGAAGUCGCAGCCCAGCCAGUUAUCAAAGACAAAUGCCCAGUAUCAUAAGUUGUUCAAGGAAGUCAGCAAGGAUGAGUUACUCAAACAGAGUUACACUUGUGCCCUGCAGAAAGACAUGUUAUAUCAGGGCAAAAUGUUUGUCUCUGAUAACUGGAUCUGUUUCCACUCCAAAGUCUUUGGAAGAGAUACCAAGAUCUCAAUCCCGGCGAUUUCCGUGACAUUUAUCAAAAAAACCAAAACUGCAUUAUUAGUGCCAAACGCCCUGGUGAUUGAAACUACAAGUGACCAGCAUGUAUUUGUCUCCUUCCUCUCUCGAAACACCACCUACAAACUUCUGAAAUCCAUCUGCAUUCAUUUGGAGGUGGAUAAGACCUGUGACAACCCCGUUUCUUCCUCCUGUGAAAAUAGCUUCAGAGUCAACUGCACAUCGUCGCUUCCUCUGGACUUCUCUGGAGACUUCUCUGACCUGGACGGGGUUGUGCAGCAGAGACGGCAGGAGAUGAUGGAGAGCAGCAGCUCGGGGUCUCAGACUCCAGAUUAUGACAAAAUAACUGAAUUCCCCGGGCUCCCAGACACAUUCCUAAGUGCAGUGAAGAGUGCAGAGGUUUCGGUCCACGCGGAUAUUCACCUCCAGACUCCAGGCCAAAAGCACAGAGCUGCCCUCAACAACGGGUCAACCAUGCCAACCUGCAGAGUCAUGCUCAAAGACAAACCCUCACAGCCCGUGUCGCUGCACGUCAUCCUCCUAAUCUAUUUGGUUUUAGUUAGUGUUCUUGUCUUGUCCUCCUGUUACAUGGCUUUCAAGAUUGUGGCUCUUGAGCAUCGUCUGAACUCCUUGGUGUCCCUGGGGGAACACAUUCAAAACGAAAAUGGAGUGAGCCACAGGACCCAGGAUGAAGUGAACGCUGAGAUCUACGGAGAACUUUCUACCAACCUGUUCAAGCUAGAAAAGAUUCAAAGAAACCUCCGGAAGCUACUUGAAGAGACUUAAAAGAAGACUGUUGCCCGUUGGCCUGUCCGGACAGAAGCUGUACCUUUUAUUAGACAUGUUGCUUGAACUCUGCGGAUCAGCGGUGAUCAGAUUUGUUAGUGCAUCUGAUGCCAAAGCAUGGACAGCUCACACAUGCAGAGCUUUUUUUUAACUGGUGUGAACUUUAACUUAAAUUGUGCAAUAUGAGCUUCUUUCGCUUUUCCACUCAGGACUAUUUUAUCGCUCUUUUUAAAACAAAAAGUUGUGCUAGAGGGUAAACUGAAGCAGUGUGUUAGUGGGCCUGUGUUAGUGCUAGUGAAGCAAAGUGUUGAAACCCGUAUGUGUAGUAUUUAUCUGAGAGCUUUGAUAGGGGGAUUUUUUAUUAGGGUAUCAGGUCCAAAGGUCCUAUUUCAAUGUUUUCCAAACAUUUCAGAAAAGGUCAACUUGUGCUGUUCUUGUGUUCUUUUAUUAGAAUUAAAUUGACAAUAAAUUAUAUUUAUGUCAUGUAUAUAAGUUGCUCAGCAGGGGAUGUCUUCUAAUUACACUUACGACCAGUUUUCUUGUGUAUUUUUCACUUACAGUGCGUGGUAUCUAAAGACUAAAAUUCACUGUACAUUUGUGUAUAUGGUCACAAAUGCUUGGGCCGACAUGACUAGAGGUUUUAUUAGUGAAAAAAAUGAGAGCAAAAUGAGAGCAGAUCAACUGAGUUUAAUAGGUUUUUUUUUCUUUUUUGUAAACAUGGACUUUUUACUAACACUAUUAACUGGAAGUCAAGGGCUCUGGUCCACUGGUUCCGCAGUAUUUUUAUUUUUCAAUGUGAGCAGUUCUUAUUGGUCGGGUGAUGUGAACUUCGACAAACGACUGCGAACCACUCUUAGAAAAUCUGUGACGUAACCUAAUCGGACGUAUUAACAUGACUACAAAGGCGGGUCUUUCUCGGGCAGAGCUCUGUCGUUGUACCUGUCACAGGGCAGGAUAACUGGCCCCGUUGUUGUUCUUAUUCCCAGCAUAACUCCACCCAACUUCCACCUGACUGGAGGUCUAAUCAGCCAGAGGGACACCUGUGAAAACACCUGUGUGGACAUGCAAAGCGUGUAAUUUGCAAAGUAACUACAGCCGCAAAUAAAUAAAUAUGGUGGAGC